UCAAAGCUACGACGAUGGAUCGUAUUCAACCAUUAUACCAUUUGAAUCGGUGAACAACGUCGCAACGCUCCCGAACAAUAGUAUGGAAGAAAUAGGUAUAUUACAAUGGGAGGAUUAUCUGGUUAUAGCAGCUACACUAUGUAUCAGCAUAGGUAUAGGUAUCUACUAUAGAUUCAGUGGUGGGCGUCAAAAGACGGUGGAGGAAUAUUUCAUUGCCAGCAGAUCCAUGAGCAUUGCACCUGUAGGUGUUGCACUUGUAGUAUCUUUCAUGUCUGCUAUUACACUGUUAGGAGUUUCUGCAGAAAAUUACACAUAUGGAACACAGUUUGUAGUAAUUAAUUUGUCGUACCUCAUAGGUACUCCCCUUGUUUGUUAUGGAUAUUUACCAGUAUUUUUUAAACUUCAAGCAACAAGUGCUUAUGAGUACUUAGAGAAACGUUUUGGUGUAAGAGCCAGGAUGAUGGCUAGUUUUGUAUAUUGGCUACAGCUACUUUUGUAUUCAGGUGUUGUACUUUAUGCUCCUGCCUUAGCACUGGAAGCAACAACAGGGAUCUCUAAAACUGGCAGUAUUAUUAUCAUUGGGCUUGUUUGUGCCUUUUAUUCUAGCAUAGGAGGCAUUAAAGCUGUCCUGAUAACAGAUGUAUUCCAAGGGCUGCUUAUGUUCGUUUCCGUUUUUAUUAUUAUCGUUAUAGCUGCCAAUGAAGCUGGAAGUUUAGAAGAAAUAUGGCACAUAGCAGAGGAAGGAGAUCGAAUUCAAUUUGAUAGCAUUUCUCCAGAUCCCACUGUACGACACACUUGGUGGUCACUCAUUAUAGGAGGUUUAUGUACAUACCUUUCACUGUAUGGUGUAAAUCAAGUUCAAGUUCAGCGUUUGCUAACUGUAAAAGAUAUAAAAGCGUCGCAGAAAGCACUCUGGUUGGCAUGGCCGAUUUUAUCAAUACUUUCAGUGACGACGUGUUUUUCAGGAUUAGCAAUAUAUAGCAAAUACUAUAAAUGUGAUCCGUUGCUUCGGAAAAGAAUAACGUCCUCCGAUAUGCUCAUGCCAUUAUAUGUUAUGGACACCAUGUCUGACAAGCCUGGUCUACCUGGUCUUUUUAUAGCAGGCAUUUUUAGUGCUGGCCUCAGCACUAUUUCAGCAGCUUUGAAUUCUUUAGCGGCGGUAACGUUAGAGGACUAUAUGAAACCUGCUUAUAAGAAAUGCCUUGGUAGGGAAUUCUCUCUGUCGGUUUCGGCAACUCUUGUCAAAUUGCUUGCUUUUAUCUAUGGAGUGCUCUGCAUUGCUCUUGCGUUUUUGGCGCAAUUUUUGGGUGGCGUUUUGCAGGCUGGUUUGACAAUAUUUGGUGUAGUGGGUGGCCCACUCCUGGGCUUAUUUACCCUUGGAAUGCUCACAGAAACUGCCACAGAAACUGGAUCAGUAAUUGGUGCUCUUAUAUCUUUAGUCAUUUUAUUCUGGAUUGCCUUUGGACAACCCAGACCUAGUCCACCAAUGCUACCAAUGACUGACAGUGGCUGUCCAAACGCAACCAUUUCUAUUUUGCAAACACAAUUCACACAGAGAGCAGAUGACUCAUCUUACUUUUAUUUAUAUCGGAUCUCCUACAUGUGGUACAGUCCACUGGGAUUCGUGUUGACGUUUGUGAUAGGAUUGUUGCUUAGCUACUGUUUCAAGCAGAUAUUCCAAGAAGAAAAGGUUGAGCUGGAUGUUAAUCUAUAUUUUCCUAUAGUAGGUGAACGUAUACGUCGUAGACGCGAGCAAACUACAGAGAUUAAUGAGAACGAGGUGCCAAAGGACGCGGCAGCACAUAGGAAGUACGUUUUCACGAUUAACGAUGCAGAGGCCACGGAGGAGACUCACACUACCAAAGUUUAACGCGCUUUCUGUUAAUCAGUGGCAUUUUAUAUAUUAGGCAUUCCGUAUGAUAUCAUGUUGUAAGUCUAAGUGCCUGGAUAGGACACAAAAUUUGUAAAGAAUUUGGUCUUUUUUCUCGGAAAAAGUAGCAUGUCCAAGAAAACA